AUGGCACGGAAGAUGUGGAAGCUGCCUCUGCUCGUGAUGAUCCUGCUCGCCGUCCUGCUCCUGCUGCCCUCGGCCGCGGUAGCCAAGGCCAUCGACGCCAGCAAGACCCAGCGCCUGGAGCUGCCGGACGGGCUGGUCGGCCCCGAGAGCGUCGCGUUCGACCGCCGCGGCGCCGGCCCCUACGUCAGCAUCUCGGAUGGCCGCGUGCUCAAGUACGGCGGCGAGGGCGGCGUCGGGUGGGCGACGUUCGCGUACAGCCCGAGCUACACCAAGAACGGCUGCGACGCGCAGUCGGAGCUCCCGGCGGUCGCAACGGAGAGCUCCUGCGGCCGGCCGCUGGGCCUUCGGUUCCACAACAACUCCGGCAACCUCUACAUCGCGGAUGCGUACAUGGGGCUCAUGCGCGUCGGGCCGGACGGCGGGGAAGCCACAGUGCUUGCCACCGAGGCCGGCGGCGCGCCGCUGCGCUUCACCAAUGGGGUGGACGUCGACCAGGUCACCGGCGACGUCUACUUCACGGACAGCAGCACGACGUACACGCGGGCACAGCAUCAGAUGGUCACGGCGUCGGGAGACUCGACGGGACGCGUCAUGAGAUACAAUCGACGGACUAACAAGGUCACCGUGCUCCUGUCCGGCGUGACAUACCCUAACGGUAUCGCCAUUAGCGCCGACAGGAGCCACCUCAUCGUCGCUCUUACCGGACCGUGCAAGCUAACGAGAUACUGGAUCCGAGGGCCUAAGACUGGCACAUCCGAGUUGUUUGCUGACCUACCGGGAUACCCAGACAAUGUGAGGCCCGAUGGGAAGGGAGGGUACUGGGUGGCGCUACACCGGGAGAAGUACGAGCUCCCAUUUGGUUCCGAUAGCCACUUGGUCGCUAUAAGGAUUGGCGCAAAUGGUGAAAAGCUGCAAGAGAUGAGGGGUCCCAAGAAUGUCAGGCCAACAGAGGCGGUGGAAAGAGAAGAUGGCAAAACAUAUCUUGGAUCCGUAGAGUUGUCUUAUGUCAGUAUUGUUAAGAGUACCUAG